CGUAAUACGUAUCGAACGUGUGUAUUUGCGUCGUAGCUCGAUCGUUGCAAAACAAUGUGCAUUUCCUGGAGCAAAGUGUAAAUAGAAUUUAGAAUUUAAAAAAGUACCAUUAUCGAUCGCGUAUCACGCACGCGUACUUCGCGCUCUUCGCAGUUCGCAUUCGCGUUUGUCGAAAAGCGUAUCAGUCAAACGAGUUCGAGUUCGCUGCGAAAAUGUCGAAGAUAUUUACGCCGACGAAUCAAAUAAGGCUGACGAACGUAGCCGUUGUUCGUAUGAAGAAGGCUGGCAAGCGAUACGAGAUCGCGUGCUACAAGAACAAAGUCUUAUCUUGGAGAAACAAGCAGGAGAAGGACAUUGACGAAGUGCUGCAGACGCACACAAUAUUUACCAAUGUGUCGAAGGGUCAGGUGGCGAAAAAGGAAGAUCUCGUGAAAGCUUUCGAAACCGAAGAUCAGACUGAAAUCUGCAAGCAGAUCCUCGCUAAAGGCGAGCUUCAAGUUUCCGAUAAAGAGAGGCAUCUGGCAUUGGAGUCCAUGUUCAAAGACAUUGCCACGACUGUCGCCAGCAAGUGUAUAAAUCCAGAGACCAAGCACCCGUAUCCGGUCACCAUGAUCGAGAAUGCCAUGAAGGAGGAGAUACAUUUUUCUGUCAAACCUAAUCGAAAUGCCAAACAGCAAGCAUUGGACGUUAUCUCGCAGCUGAAAGAGGUGAUGCCCUUGGAACGUGUCCAAAUGAGGCUUAGGAUUGUCAUUCCGGAGAAAGAGGCCAGAAAAUUGAAGGAUAAAGUCGUUAAGCUCGCGACUAAGGUGGAAACGGAGGAAUGGGAGGGUGGAUCAUUAACGAUAAUCUGCUUAAUCGAUCCAGGCCAAUACAGGGAAAUCGAUGAAUUAAUACGAUCAGAAACGAAGGGCACCGCUUUAAUGGAAUUGGUUAACUUGAAUGAGGUUGCCGAAGGAGAAGAACUGUUAACAUAAAUCGCAAAUGGAGCUGUUGUAUCACCAGAACGUGUUGUUCCCUGGAGAGAUUCGUGUUUAUUAAUUCUAAUUUAUAUUUUAAGUAUAUGUUAACAACUUUGUUACAUCUUCAUCAUUGCUAAUAAAGCAAUUAGCAUUUGUA